AUGACCACCUUUCCCCCAGUUCCUGUGACUCGUCCGAGGCUUGCAGUCUUAGCCAGGGAGAAACUGCCAUGCUCUGCAAGAGCAGUCCCAAGGACUCAGCUGAUCAAAGAGAAAGAUGACAUAGAUCAUUACCUGGAAAAGAAUUUCAAAGGACUGUCAAAGGAGGAGGUUGCUGCCCACAGGAACUCGUACAAGAAGAGCAUCUGUGUGGACAUGCUUCGCAAUGGCUACCACAAGUCCUUCACCGAGCUCUUCACGCUGGCGGAGCAGUGGGACGCGCUGCGGCAUGCUGCAGAGGUGCGGUCCCUCUUCUGGCGGCAGAGGCCGCUGGAGGAACAGCCAGACAAGCUGGACAAUUUCUACCACUACCUGACCAGGGCCGAGGCUGCUGAGAGGAAAAGAUACUAUGAAGAAGUGUAUAACAACUUGUAUGCUCUGGCAUGUUACUUCGACAAUUCUGAAGACAAGUGGGUGAGGAAUCACUUCUAUGAACGGUGUUUUAAUAUUGCUAAGCUGAUCAAAGCUGACGGUGGGAAGAAAGAAGCAGAGGCACAGGCACACAUGGGCCUUCUGUUCGAGGAAGAGGGUGAGCUUCUGGAAGCUGCUCAGCAUUAUGAAGCGUUCCACGAACUGACACAGGGGCGGAUAUGGAAGAACGAGACAGGUCAAUUUCUCAACCUGCUGGCCUGUGAAAGUCUCGUGAGGACCUACAAAUUGCUCUCAGACAGAAUGCUGGAAAACAAAGAAUACAAACAGGCCAUCAAAAUUCUAAUAAAAGCAUCUGAAAUAGCCAAGGAAGGAAGUGACAGGAACAUGGAAGGAGAAGCUGCUCUCUGCCUGGGCUCAGCCCACUUGGCUGCUGGAGAAUAUGAAACUGCACUCAGAGUGCUUCGUAGGUAUAGUGAGAUCGCCACAAGCAUGGGUGAUGAUCUGAACCUGGGGAGAGCCUAUGAGGCCAUCGCCAAGGUCCUGCAGAGCCAAGGAAAGAUGACAGAAGCAAUUGGUUACCUGGAAAAGGCUGUGAAAAUUGCAAGAAACAACUUCCAAAGCCUCGAUGUGAUACGAGCAUGCACGAUGCUUGGUGACAUCUACAAUGAAAAGGGGCAGUACAGCGAGGCUUCCGAGUACUUCCAGCAAGCCUUCAGUGCAUCAGUGGAGCUCAUGAAAAUGGCACUGAUGGAUGAAACCAAAGUCCACUAUGGGAUAGCCAGAGCGCACCAGAUGAUGUUGACGAUGACAGAUUACAUAGAAACUGCAGAUAUAGACAGCCUCAACUGCCUGCUGUCCUGGAAGGAGAGCAGAACUCAAAUCAAAUAUGAUCCAAUUCUGGGUAAGGCUAAGCGUUCAACUGUCUCUUACUCUCAGCAACUUGAGCAGCUGAGCAUGUCAGUACUCACCACCACUCAUUUCAAAGGGAAGCAUCUCUGA